AUGAUUAGACGCAACUCCCUCGGGUACUGGUGCUGGGUAAAUCCCAGCGGCCAACUAAUUGAAGAGCAGCCAAGAGACUCCAGCGACUCUAAGUGGAAAUUUCCACGCCCCGACCUCGCUGGAGAAGAGUGGCCUUUUCUUCCCGACUUCCGCCACCCUGAAGAGCAAGCCGAGCACCCUCUCUCCUCGUAUCCACCUCCACCACCCACACCGCUGCCUGAAGCUCAAUUUCAAUUGACAACUAAACUACCAAACAACUCCCACGACACCCGACCAUUGCAGUCCCAAUCACAGCCAAACAUGGCUAAGAGAUCUCGCCGACGAUACGGCGAUUACGAUCUAGAAACUUGGCCGACUGAGGACAUGCACGAAUAUGAGUGUCACAAGAGAGACAUGCGACAAAUGCCGCGCCACAUCGGCAUCAAUCAACGUUAUGAACGUGAGCCAUAUUAUGAACCGGAACCGUUGCCAAGCUUUGAGGAUAUCGAUGAUGGCUUUGAUGAAUACCAUGACAGCGAAGGAGAUGCCGGCUUCAACACUUACGAACGCCCACUGUUCCAUACCGAACAAAAACCGAAGGAAAGGUCAAAGUUCCAUCCCAGCCUUUCCAACAUCCACCAAUAUCCUCGUAAUCCUGUUCCUGUCCGACAAUCCCGCCACAACGGACCUCUAGCUCGUAGAGCCGUGUCCCCGUACCGUCAGAACGCACCGAGCCGGCAAGUUCAUCAGGCCCGUCGACCUUCUCCGCAGCCAAGGCAGACGCAUCGUUCUUACGGCAUGGACUUCUCACCUGAAGUGUCGAGGACGAAACACAAUGAUGCUUACAAGUCAUACCAACCAUCUUCUGCGGUCCGCCGGCCACCUCAGCUCCUACCGAUGAGUUCGAGGAACAGGACUAAUGGCGCAGAGUCGAUUGAUCUCACCAGAGAUUCGGAUGGUGAUGAGUACAUUGCUUCUCCAUCUUGGAAAUCUCAGAGGGCACAAGGUUUUCGGGCGACAAGACAAGAUCCAGUACGAAACCUCACAUCAACACAACCAAGUCUGAAAAGAAGGGAAGGCGCACCGAUAACUUCUACUCGCACGAAACCUCUCAGGAUCGGCAAUGGAAGCUACGAUGCCUACAAGACUCCUGCCGAAGUAACGGAACGAUCUCACCCGUUACAACCACAAGCGAUAAAUGGUCAUUUGAAAUCAAGUCAAGGCAUCCGCCUUCAGUAUACAAAGCCAAAGCACCAACGCAUCGAGCAGAAUGUCCCAAAUGAUUCGCACGGAUACACUGGCUUAAACUAUGCACGCAUCGCCGAAAAACGAGUUCGGAAGCGCUCGCUGGAGCGUUAUUCUUCAGACCCUUCAGACUUCCCAGAACUACCGUCGCAGAAUUAUCGCAUGGAGAACAAGCGACCACGUGUGCACAGUCCAAAUCAACAUCCAGUGACUGCCCAAUUUGACAACAAAAGCACUAUCAUUGAAAGAUUGGUUGAAAAGGAACCAAGGAAGACGAAAUUCGACGGAUUGCAAAUGAAACAGCAACCUGAGAUGUCACAGCGUGAAAGGCAGCCGCAACCUCGGCCUCCUCUCUAUGAGGAUGACAGUGAACUAUCACCAACUCCAUCCUUGCCCCAGACCAACAUUAAACCCACUGGCCCGAGUCAUGGCUCCCAAAAUGGGCUGCUGUCAUCUUCAGACUCCCCGAUACCAUCUGUGGAGACUCCACCGGCGACUCAAAUGCGCAGCACUCUUGAUGGUGCUGCUGCCAGCCAAGCGCUUCGUGAUGAAGCGCGCGAGCGAAAGAGGAAGGAAGAUCAACAAGCUGAAGAGGAGCGUCUCGAUGGAUUAUUCGGAGGCUAUCAAGACAAUGAUCCGAUGGACAUACAAGAUGACGUGGGGGAGCAGGCUACACUGGAAGCGUCUGGACCGGGACAGAUGAAUGGCAAGCAGACUUCAAGCGUCCAAUCAUCCCGACGCUAUUCUUGUAACACCCAAGCACCGGAAUGUCAACCAUCGACGUCGAGUUCACAUACAGAGACCAUGGGUACAGGCCAAUUGGUAAGUAUGAAGCGAAAGCUGUUGGCGGACUUCGGUGAGAGGGCUAGGCAGAAGAACAUGGAAUUGGCCUUGUCAUCUCCCCAGCAACAGAACGGGCAGUCAUCUGAAGAUUCUGAUCAAGAGGAAUCCGAUGGUGAAGUUCCCAAUGGAAGAGAAUGGGAUGACGAUGCUUUGUCUGAACGGGAACAAUCCUCGAAGAAACCGGAAGAAGUUGCCAGAUUUCCCAAGAUGCCAAUCGGAAAAGCCUCGUUGGGGAGUUCCAUUCUUCAACACAGAGUUAGCCGUCCGCAACCCCAGCUUAGCGUUGCAGGGCAACACCCGAAGCCUUCGAAACCAAAGACUGCAGCUGCAUACACAGACAUCACAGCUAAAAAACCCAAGAAGACGCUGGUACAGGCUCUGCAAGAUGACCCUGCUUACCAAGAAAUGGAAGCAGAAGCGAAAAGGCUCAAGGAAGAACAUGCGGCUCUUAUGAUGAAAGAGAGAGAGCAAAGGGAGAAAAUGAAAGAAGAGCGGUUCGAGAGAUUGAAGGCCAAGAAUGAAAUAACAAAGGCGCAGAUUGAGGCGAAGAAGUUGGCUUUGGAGAAGCGAGAGUUGGAUCGAGCUGCUGCAGCUCUUGCCGCGAAAGACCCCCCAAAGAAUACGCCGCCAAAAAAUAAUAGGGUCCGGAAUCGCAAGAAGUCGCGCAAAAACAUGGAGUCGACUCUCUCCUACGACUUGGUCCAAGAUGGCGACGAUGACGAUGACGUCCCUCAACCGGGAGAAAGCCUGGAUGAUUAUGACGACUCGGAGAUUCCAGUUACUGCCGACGAUAUGGGGCUGCAGGCUCCCGUUGGUGGCGAUCAAUCGGAACAAGCUGCGGAACCUACCUUUUCCCAGAUUAUGGAUGAGCUUGCCCCCGUCAAUGGUGACGAUCCAACCAUUCAACCUGUUCAGGAUGAUGUUAUCAACCAAGCCGAGACCACAAGUGGCCAUAACGGAGGAUCGCAACCUGAGAAUGGCACAUUAGCCGAAGGUGAAGGGGAACAAACCUCAACCACCCAAGACAGCUCCACGCAACCUGGAGAUCUUAACCAACCUAAUUCCGAAGAUACUUCCAACCAAGAGAAGAAUGCAACCGGCAUAGAAUCAGCGCAAGACAAGCCGACAGGAGUGGAGAAUGUGAACUUAGAAAAGCCUUCUACCCAGGCCCCUCCGCCCUCUUCUACCUCUGUUGCAACCGUUCGCAACCAGCAAACGCGCCCAAAACCCUCGAUUGAAGUGUUUAGUGCUUCUCCCGCGAGAGCAGAUGUCCUUGCAGCAAUAAAUCGCGCCGCUCCAACGCGCAAUGGAGAUGACCGUUCUGCAAACCGGAAGCAGGCAAGCGGAAAUGAUCCGUUACGGGAUAUACGGAGGAAGGCAGCUUUGAGACGUGAUAACUUGGCUCAUUCAAAAGCCCUUGGCCAAAACCGUCAAGGCAUUUCAAGAGACGAGGACGACGAAGAGGAUGUUGUUGAGCAGUCAUCCGCUGCCAUUGGUGCUGCGUCCAAAUCUAAACCUAAAACCACCAAGCCAACAAAAGCUUCCCGGGCCAGGCUCACACUUCUGAAUGGGAAGUCGAAGGCAUCCGCACACCCACCACAUCCAAACCAAGCUGUUACCUCGCACGACGGCUUCAUGUCCGGCGAACCCUUGAUAGUCGAACCAGUCGCUGCUACUACCCCAGCCUAUGUGAUCACUACUGACGACAAAUCCAUCCUUGAAUGGCACAGUAAAGGCUUGAAGUGGUCUGAAAUCCGCAUUCUAUGGGCAAACAAGGUGGGCAAAACCCUUUCGGAUGGUGCUCUGCGGCACCGCUACAAGCGGAUCCAGCAGAGAUUCCCCGAGUACGCCCAGGAACUUGAAGAUCAGAAGCGGGCAUCGGAGCUUGCGAAUGCCUCUGUGGCAGUAGAGCAACCAGAGCCCGCCGAUGAAGGACAGCAGGUCCGUCCCGGAGGCAAGAAAUGGGAUCAGGCGUCCAUGGAGGCUUAUUUAGCCUCAGCCGAAGCACAAAAGAGCUGGCUUACGUCGGAAAUUGAAGCUUCUGAUUUCGAGCAGGAUGACAACGAGAGAAGAGAAGACCAGUGCGCAGUGUCGAGCGUACCAGGUCCGCUUCGACCUCGCCCUCAGCCUGAAGAAGAGCCAGACCAUGAUACGGUCUGGUAUCAGUACCAAGUCCUUCGUGCUACGCUAGAUGCGGGCGAGGAUGAAGACGCAGCCAGUUGGACAAUCUGCGGAGAGGCGAUGUACAACAGCCUGCCCGCCGCAAACAUAGCUGCAGGACACGAAGCGAUGCGCCAACGCGAAGGCAUACCGGGCCUCAACUUCACAACGAAGCGCAUGGUGUUCGAGGCCGAUCUCGACAACCUGCACAACUACACCAUCACCUGUUCGGACGGGAAAACGGUCAAGAUCUCUGUUAUGCGCAGCUUACGCGCGCCGGGACAGGGCCUGCGCCCGCCGCCGAGACAGGGCUGGUUCGGUGCUAGGUUGUAUGUUGUCAGGAAGAAAGACUCCAUCAGGCAGCCUGAGAUGUUUGAAGAUGCAAAGCCCCAGGGUGGGCCGUUUGAUGUGGGACACCAGGCGCAGGCGGAGGCUGGUAUGGAGCGAGAAGGGAGCCAGAGUUCUGGUCUCCAUGUCCCGGAAUGGCCACCCACGCCACUGGAUGCUGAAGAGGUCGACUAUCAGCCGCAGGUCGAUUACCAGCCUCAGUAUGAUGACCAGCUGCACUACGACCCCAACGCGCAGUACGACGACCUUUUUGAGAACGGCUUCGACGCAAAGCCGGUGGAUGCGCUCUUCAACGGCGAAACACCCAUCGAGCAGUCCUUUGAACAGCCCGUCGAACAACCUGUCGAACAACCCAUCGAACAGCCGAUCGAACAGUCUGCUAAACCAACAACCGUGGCGCCCUUGCGUCCCGCUCCAAAGCCGCAAACCACGUACAACGACUCGGACAGCGAGUCCAGCGAUGAGGACGAAGAAGACGACAACCACUUCCCCGCCGCCGCCGCCGCCGUCACCACCACCACCAACAACAACACCGACACCAACGACCCCCACCCAACUCCCCACCCCUUCCCCACACCCGCACCCGCCCCGAGCCCCCUAACCUACGAAAUCUGCAACGAGAACCUCGGGCACUACACGGUGCUGGACCUGGCGAACCGCGAAGCCGCAUCCUGGGUGCUAGAGCACACGACGGUGCCGGGCUCGCUGCGCAUGGACGACAUGCUGGCGCGGCAGGAGCUGCAGCGCGAGCUGGGCGAGACGUGUGAUCGGCUUGAAGCUGAGGGGGGCGCGUUUCGCUGGGUUGGUGUUGUGGGGGAUGCGGGGUUGGGCGUUGAGACGGUCGUGUGGGUUGAGGAGGGGAGGCUGCAGGGGCCGAGGAAUGUUUAGCGGGUUGGUGAGGGGGGUGGAGGGUGGAGGGUGAGGGUUUCUUGGCUUUGCGUUUGGGAGGUGGUGCUUGGUGGGUUUGGUGUUGGGGACAGGUACGGAGGUGCGGACUGCGGAGGUGAUGACUUGCAAGGCUCUAUCUGCGGGUGUGGGGUGCGUGCUUAUUUGGGCG